AUGUCUUGUUCUGUCGCUUCUCCUGAAUAUCUUAAUGAACUUCUCAGCGACAAAACAACGGUAUCGAAAAUGCCCAAGAUAUUUCUUCACGCCGAAAGAUUGCUGGAUCAAGGUACAGUGUUGCGCCAAGUUAACUUCAAAUUUAAUAUAAUAAUAACUGCAGUUAUUAUAAAUAAUCGGUAAAUGAACAUAAAUAAUCCCCAGAAGAAAAAAAUGUAACUUCGCGAGGUAAUAUCUAAUUCAUUUCAGAAGUAGAGUUUGUUCUAACGCGAUUUAAAGCGAAAAACGCGGCGACGAAAAAUGCAAUCGAUCGCGGCCAGCGAGCGUGGAGCAUAAAUCUUCCAUUUGUUUGCCCGACAUCCGGACACCAUUUCCAGUGUUUACCGAACAACGAUCGUGUUUUAGGUUAGCAUCACUGACACACCAGGGAAUACAAGAGAUCAACUUCAGGUUUGUUGGACAUAUGACAUUUUGCUUAGUACCUAGGAAAGAUUUAGUUAAGCUGAAAUUGAAAAAUGAACAUUGGGUCGGUCGACGCGCUCUUUGCAGUUGCCUUCAAAACUAAUCUAUAGUAUGCGUCUUUGUUGGUCCGCGCGAUCUCGGCUGUCUGCAGAGUUUUGGAAGGAUUUCUUAUGUUAAAGAUGUACUUAUUAUCCCCUUAAAACUUGCACACUGGAAUCUCGGUUGCUUGUAUUGUGAACAAACUUGUUGUGAUUUUCUGUUUCAUUAACUCGUAUUCUAUUACAUUCAACUAGAUUUCUUUCCACCCAGUGGGAUGUAUGAAUAUUUUAUUUGGUAAUAUGAAAGCCACACUUUUUUGAUAACUCGCUUGCUCUUGUUUUAUUAUGUACUGGCCCACGAUUUUGCAUAAACCGAAACUAAAUAAACUCACAACUAAGAGGGAGAUACGAUUUAGAGUAUUCACGAGGCCGUCAGGAGACCGAUCGUGCAGGCUUUAUUAAACUGGUUACUUUUGUUAGUUCGCUGCAACCGUGUUUUGUUGUUAUUCUUGUAUGUAAACAAGCUUAAACAUUAGCUUUUACUUGGAAAAGUCUUUUGUGAAGCAGUUUCAACAUUUGAAACGCUUGACGGUCCAUGAAAUUACAUGUUAUCUUUGAAGGAAAAUCGUCACGCUUGGAAUUCGUCUCGUUUCUAAUUUGACGGGGUCAAAUAACUGUGAAAAUUUGAUGGCUUGUUCUGAUUUAGCUGAGAUUUAUUUAUCAGCGAGCGCUCGACCAUGUAGUACGAUUUAAUGGACAUAAAUGGUUGUAUUCAGGGUGUGCCUAGAAUUUUUCUUAGCGUUUGCUGAAGCCAGUUCAAUUGUUUCGUUUUGUGGCUCUCGAGGAAUUCAACCCCAGGAACUUGCUUUGUGGAAAUUUGUGUAAUAAUGAUCUUUAUCUUGAUUAGGGGCAGAUGCUUUUCAUGACACGUAUUCUGACCAAACAGAGCAAAUCUAAAUAAUUACAAUUAUAACUUGGCAAUCGGACAUGUGCAACCAAAAAUUAAGAGGAGCUUUUCAGAUGAAAAAUAGGAUAUUUGUGGUUUUGAGCAUUUUAUUUCAAAUGUGGUUUUUUUUAGCUGGGUGCAAUUUUCGUUGAAUUGAAAGAGGGCACUGACAUGGAUAUUUUUGUCACGACUCAUGCUGUAUUUCACAGCCUUCAGAAACUAAAAUCGUUGUCGUGUUUGUCAGGAUUUAUUGGUAGGAAAGCAAAUAAAUCAAAAGCAUCAAUUUUCAGCUCUUUUCCUGUCUUUUUUACUUUCUGUCAACAAUCAUGAAAUCUUUUUAAUGUUCCCCCAAUGCCUGUUGACCACUUUCCUAAAUUUAAUUUAGGCUUUGUAAACAUAUCCUUUUUAAUUGAAACCUUGAGAUUCUGUUUCAGCAGUUUUGGAUGCAAUGUAGAAGUUGUUUACCAAAAAAUAGUAAGAAUCUUGAAGGAGUUGUUUUUAUUUGUUCAUUAUCAACUUUGCCUUUUCCUAUGAAUAUUUUUCUGUAGUUGGCAUCAUUAAUAGAUAAACAAGAAUGAUGUUUUGUAAACUACCAUAAUUGCUUUUGGUCUGAGGUAACUAUUAUCUGUAGGUGAAUUUGUUUCAGAUUGGAAUGAAGUUGUUGAAAGAAUUCAUGUAUAUUUUUAAAGGCUUUAUUACCUGCUCAUUUUUUGUACUAAGGUUUGAUAUCCAAAACUAAACUAAAAUGCUGUUUUUGCUUUCAAGAUUAGGAACCUAAAUUGAUUUUUGUCUUUUCAUUCACUUCUCUCUUUACAGAAAUGAUAAGUUGGAUUCACAGUAGUUCUUUUAAAUGAGUUGUCAUGGACACCCUAUGUGGGAAUUUGAUGUUUUUUCAUAGUGCGUUAAGGAACAGGCAUUAAAUCACUGGAUGGCAAUCAUUGUUAGUUUGUUUUAAGAAAGUAAGGUGUGGGAAUCAUAUGAUCUCUACCUUCCUGAAAAGUCACAUCUAGAUUGAAAGUGUAACAAUAUACACAAAUUUCUCCUUAUUUUAUUCCAUGAAAAGGCUAAAUAAUUCAAAGCUCCUGUUUGUACUAUGUAGGAGUAAAUGCAUUAUGGGUCUUAAACUAUUAUAAAUGAAACAAUUUUAACACUGAGUUUUGUUCUCAACAAGAGCACAGAAUCCAAAGAGGUUCAUUUCGUUAUGGGGACUCGGAAUUUUUUUCUUUGUCCUGUGCUGGUGAGAAGAUGAAGAAACAUCAUUCUCUAUUUCUUUACAGAGCUCAAAACUUACCAUUUCUCUUAUUUUGUUCUAUUUGCUAGAACUCUAUUUUUAGUAGCAUUGUUAUAAGUCUUAUCUUGUGAUAGUGAAUGUCAGUCUAGGCUUUAGGCAGGUUGAUUGACAUUUUGAUGUCUGUGUACUAUCCAUAACUUUGAUCACUUGGAAAUGCAGUCAGAAUGUGACUUCAAUGAGCAUUUCAUUGUGAUGUGGAUGGCUCAAAUGAGAAGAAAGACAUUCAGUGUUUAUGGGGAAAAGCAGAGUGUUGUUAGCAUGUUAUUUGCUGUUUAUUUCCCCAUCAGCUCUCCUCUAACUUGGCUUUCUUCUUACAAUAAGUACUAAAACAAGUUAAAUAUCUUUUAAAUAAACAGUUGUGUUGUGUGGUUGAAACAAAACACUUUCUUCCCUGUACAGAAAUAAGCAGAGUUAGAAAUGAGCUCUUCCAUGGAGUGAUCAAGAAUGAACCAGAUGGAGUGUUUGGGGAACUUCAACUUCCAGCUUCUUCAGGGCCUAGAGUAAAAUUGUCAGAAAAGGUCUAUGCCCCAGUCAAAGAAUACCCAAAGGUAAAGUUCACUCUGCUCUUGCUUCACUUUCUAUUUUGACAUUUCCUUUAGAAAAAGCUUCUAUUUAGUUUUGUAGUUCUUGUAGAUUACCUAGUGUAUGCUGCUACCUGAAUGAACCAUUAAAUGACAUUCAAUUCUAUAAAAUUUCAUUAUGUAGUAUUUUAGAUUUAUGUUGCAGAUUUCAGAAAAUUGCCUUGUCUUUCAAAUUUAAUGUUAUGUCAGUAAUGAAUCUAACCUUAGAUGUGCUAAUCUUAAAGCACAUGUAUUUUGAAUCCAGUCAUAUGCACUUAGUUGCACACCUCUAAGGUUUUAAUUUGUUUUGAUCUCUUUUUGCAGUUUAAUUUUGUUGGUAGAGUAAUCGGCCCACGGGGAAUGACUUUAAGAGAAGUUGAAUCUUCUACUGGAUGCAAACUGUUAGUCAGAGGAAAAGGUUCUAUGAAAGAUAAAAAAUUGGUUAGUUUUGUCACAUGUACUAAGGAGUCUCAAAUAUCUGUCAAAAUAGUGAAUUCAAGGAUGACAUCUGUGAUAAAUCCUCUUUAUACAUGCAGGAAGAAGAGAAACGGGGCCAACCGAACUAUGAACACUUAGAGGAGGAUCUGCACGUGCUCAUAUCAGUGGAAGAUACAGAGGAGAGAGCAAAGUUGAGACUUGCAAAAGCUGUUGAAAAAGCCAAAGAUCUUCUCCAACCUGUGGUAUGUUGGCUUGGCUUUGUGUUUUCUUGCCACUAGAAGGCCAUUUAUAAAUGGCAACCUUCCACAUAUCAUCAAUUAUGAUUUCCUUUUAGGAUGAGGGAGAAGAUGAAUUAAAAAAGAAACAGUUGAAAGACCUGGCAUUAAUGAAUGGCACUUUGAGGGAACAAGCAGGUUUGUCAACAAAAUUAAAAGAGCAAGUCUAAAUGUUCAUAUUUAAUAUUAGCUGUCCUUUUUCCUUUUGCUCUUUGAGGAUUGAUCAGACUAAAGUCACAGCUUUUCAAACCAUAUCAGCAAUUGUUAUGAAAAAUUUGCUAACAGUGAGAUUUGGGGUUUGCUCUCUGCUGCUUUAGUUUUGGUUGCCAUGGCAAUUGGAAAAUAAUUUGGUUCUUAACUAGCUGCAUAAGUUGUUUCUUUAGCAGACUGACACCAUAUAAUAUUGAACAUACUGUCCUACUAAGGGAAAUCCAAGAUUUUAUUUCAUCAAAUAUUUAGGUGAUGAUUUUAGGCUGUCAAAUAGCAACUUUUAACAAUUUAAGCUUAGUGCAUUGGGAACAAAUCUUGAUGGUUUGUUUAUAGCCUGCUUGUGACUUCUAGGAUGCUUUUUUUCACCGGAAGAUACUAUUUGUGUAGGCAAUACUCCAGUUAUACACAAUGGUCUUCUGGGGAUGCCUCUUCCACCUGCCUUAGCUGGAUAUGGGUUUGCAAGACCUCCUGGUAUGUGGUGUUGUCAAUGCUUCAUUCCAUGUUUGGUUGUAAUUUUAUGCAGAGAAAAUUCAAAUAUUUUAUAGGGUAUAUCAGCUCAGACAGAAGUUUCUAUACCUUGAAUAUCAGCAGGGAAGGUUUGUUAGUUACUCUUGACUUAAAUGGGGUGAAGUUUGAAGUUAUGGGCUGCAGAUGAUUAAAUCUCACAACCUGAGCUAAAACAAGAGUUGUGGUGGAAUAUAGUCAGUGACAAUUUGUAUAUUUUUUUUCUCAGUUCCAAGUGCAUACCCUGCCAGCCUUUCAGGACUGGAAUUUGCAUCAUAUGCAACCAGACCAGGAACCAUUUUUGACUAUGGACUGGAAACUUCCAUCCUUGGUGAGUCUGACUUAACAAGUUUACUAACAAGCCUGACACAAUGACCCACAAAAGAGUAUCGUUUGGAGGUGAGCCAGAAAAAUGAAAUCAAGAAUAUUAACUGUAAGUGCAUCAUAAAUAGAAAAAGCAAAGGAUCACUAGACACUAAAGUAUUGCCCGUGGUCCAUAACGUAUCUUUUGACAUUGAGAACAAAUGAUCAACAUUAAUAACGGUAAAGUUGGUAAUGUUUUCAUCAAUAUUUAGGUGCAGUUAAACCACGGAGACCUAUACGGGAACAUCCUUACCAAAGAUGAAGUAAGUUAGCCAUUGAUAAAAUCAUUCUUACUUCAGGUAGAACCUGUUUGAAACAAUAAAAUUUUAAGGACUCUAUUAUUAUUUGAUGAAUUGCACCAUCAUCUUUCAAGCAGUGUCAGUCUGAUCACUCCUUACACCUUACAAAAACUCACAGGUGUUUCUUCCCUGGAGUUUAAAUGCUUUUAAGUACAGUUUUCAUAAAUUGAUAGGAAGAGAGUAAUUUCAUAUUGUAAUUACUGCUAAAACUUUUAUACUGAGUUCAUAUACUUAUAUCAUGAAGCAAAAUGUACAUUGAAAUUGUAAUUCUAUUCAUGAAACCUUGUAUGGAAGACAGCUUUACUAGUAUUAUCCUUGUAAAUUUAAACAGAAUUUUUCUUCCCUCAUCUAACAAGCUUGCAUUAAUGACUAUAUGAGAGUAAAAUAUGUGGACAUGAGCAGUCUUUCCAUCAUUGCUAUUUAACGUAAAGUAAUUGAUACUAAUACAUAACUUCUCUUUCUUACUAGACUAAUUCUGCAGAAGACCAACUAAUAACCAGGCUUAAUGUAAAGCCUGGAGAAACUGCUAAAGUUCUUUGUGUUGUGCCUGCAGUCUGCACUUGACUAUGGACUAAUUGAUUAGUGUCUAUUGCAAAAAAUGAGUUUUGUAACAAAUGAUCCUAAUAUAUUUCUGUAUGUUUGAAGAGAAUUUAUCAGAUUUAAUAAUGUAAUAUAUACUGAAAUUUAUAUGUUGUAGUGUUGUCAAUGUAUGUCACUAGACUGCCCUUUCAGCUGCACUUGCAUUUUUUCCCUUUCUAAUUACAUAUGUAUAAAAAGCUAAAGCAAGAUAGAUGACAUGUACAAAUAAAAUUCUUAAGGAGUAAAACAAAUUGCAUCAUUCUAUGCAUACAUUUAAACCACUUAUUGAUUUUACCUGGUAAACUAAUUUAGCUUAAGUGAGUGAAAGAUUUCUAUCAUUUAGUAUUUAGACUCAUUUUCUGCUGUUCAGUCGACUUCAUUCCAACAUAACUACUGGCCCUUUUCAUUCAAGCAAUGGUUUAUUUAACAGACAGGUUCUAUAUUGCUCUUUGUCUGUUUACUCUUUUUUGAAGACAGACUUUUGUUUUUAAUUUUCUUACCAUUCAUAAAAUUGGAGCAAAGAUUCUGAGUGUACAUGUAGAUGAUGUAAUAGACAAAAUAUGUGCAUCAUAUUUUGUAUGCAAAUCUUUAUUACUGGUUAUACUAGUUGAAUUGGUAAAAAUAUUGUUUUGCAUUUGACUGUAAUAAUAUCUGGUGUUGCUGAAAGGGUUAUGUAUGGUGUCUGUGAUGGAGAAAGUUAUUACACAGACAAUUCAUAGUGUCAUUGUUCUGUAACUGGUGUGUUAUGUUGUGUUGUUGUAUGUGGAGUGAAUUUUGUUUUGUUGGUGAUUUGUUAUAAAUGAUGAUGAUAAAUGUAAUUAUAAUAUAGCUGGAUAGGGUAACAAUUUAAUCAAUGAAGAUAAAGUGAAAUAUGCAUGUUAAUUCAUAGUGUCAUUAGUUAUACAAUGUUAUAUGCUGUACAGUGAAAUUCUGUGACAUUGUUGAUAUUUGGCUUUCAUGUUAAGUGUGCGUUAGAAAUUCUGUUUAUUUCUCUGUGUUGUGAAGUCAUGUGGUUAUUGAUUGUAACAAUAAAGAUCUAAUUUUGAGACUAAACUUGUUCAAUUGUAACAUUCUUUUAACUUUUACUAGUGGUGCCAUUGGAUAACCAAAACUAGAUUUCAUUCAACUGCCACUUGAUUGCCAUCGUCUUGGCCACAACCCUUUCUAUCUCCUCCUCCUCCUCCUCCCCCCCCCUCUUCCCUCUGUGUCAUUGUGGUUUAUAAAGGAACUGCUGUAAUUAUUGAGCCUGUCAUUCCCAUAAAAGGCUUGUCUGCAUGUCUUUGGUGGAAUCUACGUUCCUUAAUUAUUAUUAAUGACAAAUUUUCAGCUGCUUUCUUGAUGUGUUUCCUUCUCUGACAAGUAACCUUGUUUCAUAGUCAUGACAUCCUGUUAUCCUUUUGCAUGUCUUAAAAAAAGGUGAGGGUGACAAACAGCUAAUGGUUCUUUUUUUUAACCAAUCUUUCCCUGAUUUUCCUUUGGGGUGUCAGAAGUCCUACCUCUGUUGUGGUGCAGCUUGGCUACAGUGUGGUGAUAGCCUUGUUGAAGUCUGAUUUCUCUCUUGCUACUGUCUUGCAGUCUGGUUGCAGACUUGCUGUAGUCUUACUCUUGUCUUUUUGCACUCUAGCUUCAGACUGGUUGCCUUCUCAUUCUCAUUUUGCUGCUGUCUUACUUUCUUGUUGACUUCUGGGUUCAUACUUGCUGCAGUCUUGUGUAUGUCUUACAGCAGCCCUUCUUGACACAGUCUGGUUGCAUUUUUGCUACAGUCUUUAGUUUCGAUUCUAUCUCUCAAAAUUUCUUCUGUCCCACUGCAAUGUGGUUACAGACAUGCUUUGGUAUCAGUUAUGUUCUGUCUUGCAGCAGUCCUGCAGUGUCCUUGCAGUCUUGCAUCAACCUGGCUCCAGUCUUGUUUUCUGGUCAUGAUAUCUACCUAUCUGCCACCUUGCAGUGGUCUUGUUAGAGUAUGGCCCAAGAUUUACAGCAGUCUCGCUAGGUCUUUCUGUUGUCGUGUCCUUUAAAUUGACGCCAACACCUUAGCGUUGCUUUACAUUGAGGCCACCACUUCUAUUGUUUUUGUUCUCCUUUACAGCCUUUCUCGCUAUUCUCUACUUCUUUGUUGUUUUUAUGGAAAAGGCACAGAAAAACAGAGCAAACUGAAGGGUGUUGUCAUUUUAGUGAAGUGCAGGUCACAAGCUAAAACUUGUGCCAGUUUCAGUAAAGAAUAAUUUGAAUGGCAUUCAUUUUCGUCUGGUCCUUGAAUUAUUUCCUUAGAGUUUCCCACCAGAGAUUGAGCACAUCAAGCCUCGUUUCGUUGUUUGUUUCUUUGGUUUCUAUUGUUUUUGUCUUUUUUUUUCUAUGAAAUUUGUAUGUCCAGGUGUGAACGUAAGUAUAGUAUGGUGAGAACUUCACUUUUAACUGGACUAUUUGUUACUGUUCUUCAGGUUUGAAAUCGGAAACUGUUUCAAUCACCUACUGAAAAGAGGAAGUUUUUACAUUUCCUGGAAUUAAAAUGAACUGUGUGCAUAGUUAAUUGAUCAAAUUCAAUGGUUCUAUUCAAAGAUGGAUUCCAGCGAAAUCUGUAUACUCUGGAUAUAAGUACACUACGCACAAAUACGUUAGCGUUUUUACUGACAUAAAUAUACCGAAAUAUUAGCAAUAAUGUGUUUAGAAGCUGAUCGGGAUCAUUACACUGGCAAUGAAUCUCAGCGAUGUGAAUCUCAAUUCUUUUCUAUUUGCUCUUCUGUGAUAAGGCAAAUCUACCAUCCUUAACUAUCAAACGCAGACGAAUCUACAUUGUUUUAGAUGAAAAUAUAUUUUUUGAUUCAAAAUAAAUGGGUGAACAAGCAGUUGCCUCUGAACAGUCAUGACCAUUCCAAAUUGUGCCCAAAGUCUGGAUUUGAAUCUGAGCAGACAGUUGUGAGUUUAAGUCAAACGAGUUAACUGUGCGCUGUAUGUGAACUGCAUAUGGUAUAUCUAUUUUCAGACGGUUCAAAUAUCACUGUGGCAUUCACUGGACUGUCAGUCAGACACUCAAACAACCUAACUGAAGAUUUUUAACUUGCCUUCGAUUUUUUAUUCUACACGCUCUCAGAGGGUUCUCAAAGGCGUUACUUCAUUAUAUUUUUUUCGUUUGUUUUUGACGUGAAAAAGUGUCGUCAAGGGUAGCAAAGGCUAUGAUAUAGGAGAUUGGUUGAAUAUUAAAACAGCCUAAAUGAGCGAGUUGGGAUAUUGAUGAGUAACAUUGUCACUGAUUACAAACCAACAACUUUAAAAUUUAAGGUGUGGCGUGUCUCCUCUAAGAACCCCUCGGGAAGUAACCCAACUGGUCUAGAGCUACCCUAAGUGAAUUUCUGAAACAAUUCGUGGGUUAUUUGAGCAACUGAUUGUGUGGUGACAGUCACUAAUGUCAUAUUCUGACUGGUAAACCGGUCACGUUUAAAUACGUUACUCUAUUUUGAUUAUAUAAUUGAAAUCGAUAUGUUGUCUUACUUUAACUAAUAUGACCUUCUUAAGAUUCCAAAUAUCGUAUUUACUAGUAUUUUCGUGAUGUACUUACCAAACGCAAAUAACUACAUACGCUUUUGAUUAUCUCAUCCAUAAACACUCUGAUAGUAUAUUAUAUUGAUAACCGAGAGAUAUUUUUACAAAAAAAUAAUAUAUACAUUCCAAAAGAAUUGUAAUAAAAUAUUUUGAGAUGCCCACUGCUUUUAAGUCUUGUAACGUUAACUUAUUGAGAUAAAAGCUUUCAGGCUGUCGUUUAUAUGAAACAUUAGCGGCUCUUGCUCCAGGCACCCAAGAUUAGUUGGAGAAUGCAUGAAAAGUGGUGUAUAACAUUAAGUAAGAAAAUUCUGCAAGAAGGCUCAUUGAUGCCCCCCUCCUCUUCCCCCCCCC